GGGGCGGACGGGACGGGGUCCUGCGGCCUCGGGAAGGGUCCUAGGAGAGGGCUCAGACCCGAGAUCAGAGCGGGGUGAGGUCUGGGGGACACCUGGGUCCCCCUCCAUGACCUGGGGGCUCACGGAGCACAACCGGGACUGAGAGUCCGCUCGGGACUUGCCGGGGCCUGAAGGUCUCCCGGUUCAUUGUGAGAAGCCAGGUCGGGGAUCUGUCCUGAGGGGGUCUCCGCUUCAGGGUCCCCUGAGGGGCCCCCCACAACUCGGGGUAUGGGGGGCACCCAUCGGGAAUCAGCUGGAGGAGGAUCUAUGGAAGGCGGGUCGCGAUGGUGAAGCUGUUCAUCGGGAACCUGCCGCGGGAGGCGACGGAGCAGGAGAUCCGCUCCCUGUUCGAGCAGUACGGGAAGGUGCUGGAGUGCGACAUCAUCAAGAACUACGGCUUCGUGCACAUCGAGGACAAGACGGCGGCCGAGGACGCCAUCCGCAACCUGCACCACCACAAGCUGCACGGCGUCUGCAUCAACGUGGAGGCCAGCAAGAACAAGAGCAAGGCCUCCACCAAGCUGCACGUGGGCAACAUCAACCCCGCCUGCACCAACCUGGAGCUGCGCGCCAAGUUCGAGGAGUACGGCCCCGUCAUCGAGUGCGACAUCGUCAAGGACUACGCCUUCGUGCACAUGGAGCGGGCCGAGGACGCCGUGGAGGCCAUCCGGGGGCUGGACAACACCGAGUUCCAAGGCAAGCGGAUGCGCGUGCAGCUGUCCACCAGCCGGCUGCGGACGGCGCCCGGGAUGGGAGACAAGAGCGGCUGCUACCGCUGCGGGAAGGAGGGGCACUGGUCUAAGGAGUGCCCGGUCGAUCGCCCGGGGCAAGUGGCGGACUUUGCCGAGGCCUAUAACGAGCAGUACGGAGCCGUGCGCACUCCCUACACCGCGGGCUAUGCGGAGACCGUGUAUUACGAUGAGGCCUACGGCGGGAUGGCCGACUACUACAAGCGCUACCGCGUCCGCUCCUACGCCACGGCCUCGGCGUACGACGCCUACGCGGAGCAGACCAUGGCCCAGUACUCCCAGUACGCCCAGUACUCCCAGGUCCA